UGGUGUGCGUUAUUACGUAAACGCAAGAGUCAGCCGGUGUGGAGUUACAGCUUACACAGCCCAUUAUUCACUGCCUGGACCCCAAAAGCUCAAUAAUUUGCUCGAAAAUCGCUGCCAUGGAAUCAAAAUCUAUCAAGGAAACCGAGAGAACGUGCGUUCUGUGUUGCCAGGACCUCGAUAUUUUCGCCCUGGGGAAAUGCGAUCACCCGGUCUGUUACCGCUGCUCCACCAAGAUGAGGGUUCUCUGCGAGCAGAAAUACUGCGCCGUCUGCCGAGAGGAGCUCGACAAGGUCAUCUUUGUCAAGAAACUUGAACCGUUUGCUGCAAUAGCCUCCCAGCAGUUUCAGUGUGAGAAGAAGUAUGACAUUUAUUUCAGUGAUGGCAAGAUUUACGCACAGUUCAGGAGGAUUCUCCAGUCUGAAUGUCCACAGUGCCCAGAACCAAAAGUGUUUUCUAAGUUUGAGGAGCUGGAACAGCACAUGAGGAAACAGCAUGAGCUCUUCUGCUGCAAACUGUGUGCAAAACACCUGAAAAUAUUCACUCAUGAGCGAAAGUGGUACAAUCGGAAAGACUUAGCCCGGCAUCGAACUCAAGGGGACCCUGACGACACCUCCCACCGUGGACAUCCGCUCUGUAAAUUCUGUGACGACCGGUACCUGGACAAUGACGAGCUGCUGAAACACUUGAGAAGAGAUCACUAUUUCUGCCAUUUCUGUGACUCUGAUGGAGCUCAAGAAUACUACAGCGAUUAUGAUUACCUUCGCCAACAUUUCCGAGAGAGCCACUACCUGUGCGAAGAGGGCAGCUGCAACACAGAGCAGUUCACCCACGCCUUCCGGACAGAGAUUGACUACAAGGCCCACAAGGCUGCCGCCCACAGCAAGAGCCGGGCUGAGGCGCGGCAGAACCGGCACAUAGACUUGCAGUUCAGCUAUGCACCCCGACAUCCGAGGAGGAAUGAUGUUAUUGGGGGUGAGGACUAUGAAGAGGUGGACCGCUUCAACAGGCAAGGGAGGACCGGAAGAGGAGGGGCCAGGGGAUCCCAGCAGAACAGCAGAGGGAGCUGGAGAUACAGCAGGGAGGAGGAAGACCGGGAGAUAGCAGCUGCUGUCCGAGCCUCUGUAGCCGCCCGCAGACAGGAAGAAAAGAGACAAAUCCAAGAGCGGGAAGUCCAAAAGGCUCGGAAAGAGGAGACCAUGGACACAGACGACGGACGAAACCACAGGAGUGCUACCAAGCCUCUGGGCGAAGCUCAAGGUCCCAAGGAUGCACAUAGAUCUCUUCCUGCCAGUGGGCCUCUGCAGGGGGAUGAUUUCCCAGCUUUAGGGGCUACAGCAGCACCACCACCCAUUCCAAGCAUGAUCAAAUCAGCUCCUGUCAAACUGAAAGAAGAUGAUUUCCCUAGCCUGUCCAGUGCCACAGUGGCUUCACCCAUGACCCCAGCCUACACGGCACAGCCCCGGAAACCCUCCUCCUUCCAGGACGAGGACUUCCCAGCGCUGGUGUCCAAAAUCCGACCUCAGAAGCCAGUAGGCAACACCACCUCAGCUUGGGUCCAGGGUGGCAGCAAAAAUGCAGUCCAGACGUCCAAGGUGGCACCCAAUCCCGCACCACCCUCUGUUGCCUCUGCCAACCCCCCGCUGCCCUCCCCUGGUACCACUCCGCACAAGAAGAAGACCACUGCGGGGGGGAGCAAAAAGGCCCCUCCCAAAGUCAGGUCCACGUCUUCGUCCGAAGAAGAAGACCUCCAGCCUGGCAAGACCACUCAGGAAAUCCGCAGCGUGCCCACUAUGCUGGACAUUUCAUCCCUGCUUAUGGGGAAGUGCUCCGCCCAAACCGGCCCCAAGGCGGGCAAAAGAAAGAAGCAGCCCACCUCUUCGUCGCCAGGCACGCCCCCCCUCACCGUGGAGACGGUCUCCAGCAUGGCACAGAAAGAGAAUGUCCCAGAGACUAAGCAGCCCCCUGCCAACAUUCCCAAACCUAUAGCCGCCCCAAAAACAAACCUGUUCAUUAACGGGCACAUGGACAAGCCGUCGGAGAACAACAGCCCUACACUUCCCAAAGAGCCUCCUGGACUGGAAAAACAACCUGCCUCUAUUGCGUGCUCACUUCCUGAGGAAGAGGAGUUCCCUGCCUUGCCUUCCUUGCCCAAGAAACCACCUCCAGGAUUCAAAAGUGCAUUUCCAAUGAAGAGCACCCAGAGCAGCGUACCAGGUCCUCCACCAGGGUUGGCAGGCCCUUUCAGCAAACCUCCUCCUGGAUUCACUGGCAUCCCUUUGAAUGCAAAUGUGGUGGAACAUGCCAUUCCGACAGUCAUCGAACCAACACACACACCCAGGACCUACCUCGUACCAGAGAAUUUCCAGCAGAGGAACAUGGAUCUCAUACAGUCGAUAAAAAAUUUCCUUCAAAAUGAUGAGUCCAAGUUCAAUGAAUUCAAAACCUAUUCAGGCCAGUUCAGACAGGGUGUGAUCUCUGCAGCCCAGUACCACAAGAGCUGCAGGGAGCUGCUGGGAGAGAACUUCAAGCGGGUCUUCAACGAGCUGCUGGUGCUCCUCCCGGACACGGACAAGCAGCAGGAGCUCCUUGCCGCCCACGGGGAUUUCAAGGCCCUGGAGAAGCAGACAGGCAGCAAACCCAAGAAAAACAAAAAGAACGCCUGGCAGACGGGCACCACCAACAACAACCUGGAGCUGGACUGCCAGAUCUGCCCAACCUGUAGGCAGGUGGUGGCCCAAAAGGACUUCAGUUCCCAUAAGACCAUGCACAUGGGAGACGAGGACUUCCCCUCCCUGCAGGCCAUUAGCAAAAUCAUAAGCUAGCCCCUGUUUCAUCACCAAGGUCAGAUUCCUGCCUGGGGCCCAGGGUUACCUACAGCAUAGGAACAAGCGCUUUUUCAGGUUGAAUAGUGCUAGGGAGGAGAUGUGGAUCUCACAAAUACAGCAGAGUGCUUCUGAAAGUGAAGGAGAACAGGCGUUGUGGGGUGGGAGCAGAAGUAGCUUUUUUUCCAAAUGUGGCUGAUCAAUUAAAGAGUAACAAUGCAAACAAACCUGACUUCAGUGGCUGUCACUGCUGCUUCAAGUACGCUCCUGGCUGAAUACUUUAAGGAGAACUGGAAUGAUUCAGGUUCCGAAAGGAGUCAUUUACUUGAAAGUGUUGUCACAAAUGUUUAUAUUUUAUUUUUUAUCAUUUCCUGUGUUGAAGCCUGGAUAUCUUUGCAUAUUUUAUUUAGAAUCUAAAUCUUGUACAUUUGCUUGUAAAAAGAACAUCAGUAUUCAGAAACUUUUUUCAUUUAAUACCUAUUGCAAGUGUGCACAACAAGCAUGACUUUAUGCUGAAAGCAAGGCCUGUAAGAAUCGGUCUACAUUUUUGUUAAUUUCACCUAUUUUCCACAAUUUUGUUUUAGAGGGAUCUGUUAUACCUUACCACUGUCAAUAUAUUACGUGAGCAAAAGACACAACACUGUAGUCUUGCACGACUUCAGGUGACUUAUUUAAAAAUGUGUCAAUUUACAAAUGCUGAUCUUUUUCCUUUUCAAGCCCUUUAAUUUAGUCAUUUUGGAAAUGGGCAUGCAUGCCACCAACAAUGGGGUUCACUGAAUAACCUGCUUAAAUGGCUGGACCUGAGCAACUCAUAAGCCACAGACUGCAGUUUUAUCUGCUAGUGCUAGCAAUGCUAUUUAGACAGGCAUAGAGAAACGGUGCCAGUUUAUUUUUCUUCCACGGAACACUUUAUUUUUUCCAUGGUUUUUGCAUAUUAUAACCAGGAAACAACCCUAACAUGACACAUAAUAAAGGUAUGACUUUUCACUGCAGGUCAUGAAUCCGGUUUCCAUUCUUACCAUUUCAAACCAAACUGGAGGCUGCUGCCAACCUCACUUUUAAAGAGGUGUUUUGUGUGUUUUUUUUUUUCCUAUGAAGGUACUGAGUCUUUGUACAGCUUCUAACCAAAAAUGUUGGGAAUGAAGUCCUUGGAAAUUUAGAACUGAUUAGAUGCUUAAUUUGGGAUAUAUGGAUGUACUACUGCAGAUAAUGAAAACAGGAAAGACCAAUGUGUGUGGCUCCUGUUUUCAUGUCACAAUCCUUAUCUUAGAUUCAAGUGACAUUUCACUGCAAUUCUCUUGGUGUAAAAUUAGGAUUAGAUUGGUGGGAGUUCACUACACCUUAAAUCCAAAUGAUUUUAUUGUGUUAAACGUGGUCUUUAUCCCAGCAGUAGAGACUAAAGCCUAUUGCCUGUACAGCAUCUCUAUUACAUUCUGAUUCUGAAGUGUAUAUUUAUUUUUCAUUAACUUUAACUGGUGGUUUGACUUAUUGCUGUGUACUAAUCUAAGGAGCUCUUUUCUGUAUCAUCAUUCCAUAAAGCUCCAAUUUAGCUAACCACAAAAUCCAUUGUUUUAAGCAGGUGGGGCUGCAGAAAAAAAGUUAUUCUCGAAUCAAGUUAUUUUGACCAUUUUCCAAAGACAUAUUGCAAAGUGUUCAAACUGUUCACGCAGCCAGGAUUUCUGUUUUCUUCACAAACAUUUACACAUCUCCUUUUCAGGAAUAUAGACAUUCUGCUGUUUUUCACUGAAACUGCAUAGAUGAAGUAACACCAACCAUUUGUAUUUUGUAAAGAGUGCCAAUAAAAAGCGGUAAUAUCA